CUUUGCCUUGUCCGCGCCCUUUACCUCGAUCUGCUUCACUCCCUCUCCGCCUGAAUCGCCGCGCCUUGUUUCCCCGCGUCGGCUUCUGGAACGCCGCGAAAACGCCUGUCCGACGCCCAUAGACGCUUUCGCGCAUCUCCUUUACCUCACCAUACACAAUGGCCACGAGAGACCUCUUCGACACAAUCGCCGACGUUGGCAGCGACGAGGAGGAAGAUGAGGACUUUGAUGGAGAAGGUGGCGCGGAACGGCCGAAGAAGUCUAAUGGCGCCAAUGGAAUCGACGACUCCAGCGAGGAAGAGGACGAUGACGACGAAGAACUAUUAGCGAAGGAGGGCGCUGGCUUCAUCGCUGACGAAGACGAGGACGAGGACGAAGUAGAGGCACGGCGAGAACGACGCCGCAGGAAGAAGCGCAAGAACCGCGAAGCUGAGGAGGAUCUUGACGAGGACGAUCUCGAUCUGAUUGGUAUUGAACGGCCUGAGAGGGAGGACGAGUCAGCGCCCAAGUACAAGCGCCUGAAGCGCGGCCACAAGGAGAAGCGCAAAUCUCGCGGUAUAGAUGACAUCUUCUCCGACGAAGAAGCCGGUGACGAUAUCGAUGAGCCCCGGAGACUCGGUGGAGAAUUUGACGACUUCAUCGAAGAAGACCAGUUCGAGGACGAGAUUGAAGACGACCGCGAUGUUACACAACCGGGAAUCAACCUCAUUACACAAGGACUGCAGGCUGCCGGACUUGAUGAGGGUGCCGAAGAAGACUACAGGGCAGCCUUCGGGGACGGCACCGACUAUGACUGGGCGCUCGAGAUGCAAGAGGCUGAAGAGGAGGAACAGACCGGCGAGGGUCGCGAGCUCCAGCUCAAAGACGUGUUCGAGCCAUCUCAGCUGCAGGAGCGCAUGUUGACAGAUGAGGACAACGUCAUCCGAGAGACGGACGUGCCCGAGCGUCUGCAGCUCGCCCGCAAGCCAUUCAAGGAGCUUGAACUGACGCCUGAAGCUAUGCAGCAGAGACUUGAAGAGGAGGCACUGUGGAUAUCCAAGCUUCUCUGGCCGAAGAAGGGACUCCCGAACUAUUUCCAACAGCCCUUCCAGCAAGCAGUGCGCAAGGUCCUCGAGUUCAUCAACAUCGAAGAUUACGAAGUACCUUUCAUCUUCAAUCAUCGCAAAGACUAUCUCAUCCACGCACCUGGCGACAACGACGAUCAGGAUGACUUCGGCGCCCCCCCUCCCGACGCUCGGCCAGAACGCCUUCUCAACCAGAGCGACCUGUGGGAAGUCUUUGAUCUCGACCUCAAGUUCAGAGCUUUCGCUGAGAAGCGAGAUUCACUACGCCAAAUCUACGAGAAUGUGAGGGCCGUACAGCCCGAAAUUGUUGAUGGCGAGAUUGAGGAUCUGAUGGACAAGGCAGUCACCAUCGAAGAGAUUCAAGAACUGCAGGAUUACCUGCACUACCAGUACUCGCAAGAGAUCAACGAAGUACGACAAGAGUCCAACGGCACACAAAAGCGAGCCAACAAUGCGCGCAACUUCUUCGACAAGCUUCGAAGCGGCAAGGCGCAUUUGCUUGUUAAAGCAAUUGGCAUUAGCGCCGAGGAUUUCGCCAAAAAGGCCGAAGGAUCCAGCAGAGGACCUCAGGUUAUCGAAGAUCCACCAUAUAAGGUCGAAGAGCUUGCUGACCAGAUGGCGGAUGCUCCUGAAACGGGUGUAUCACUGCUCAGGUCUGCCAAACUUCUGUUUGUGCAGGACCUACAUCAGAGCUCUCGUCUUCGUAGGUUCCUGCGAGGCAGCUUUUACCAGAACGCUCUGAUCGACUGCAUACGAACAGACAAGGGUAUGCGCAAGAUCACCGAAGACCAUCCCUACUAUGAGUUCAAGUACUUGCGUGGACAAACUUUCCUUGAUCUGAACGGCAGACCUGACCUGUUCUUGAAGAUGCUGAAAGCUGAGCAAGAAGGUCUUGUGCAGGUCAGCAUCUCGAUGGGUAACUACGAGAGUUUCAGAAGCAGGCUUCACGACAAAAUUGUCUCAGACAAUGUCAGUGAAGUGUCUGAGACCUGGAACAACCUUCGUAGAGAGCUCCUUGACAUCGCACUUGAGAAACUGCAGGGCAUCAUCGCCAACGGCGUCAAAGAGUCCCUGCGUGCUCGUUGCGAAGAUGAGCUUGCCAGCCGCGCCAGGGAGAACUACUACAACAAGCUCGAUCAAGCCCCAUUCAAGCUCAAGAGCGCAGUCCUCGGUUCAAUCCCGAAUGUUCUUUGUCUUUCGAAUGGAAAAGGCCAGCGCGGCGACGCCAUCUUGUGGGCGUAUCUCGAGAAUGACGGUCGUGUAAUGGAACAUGGCAAGCUCGUGGAUAUGAGGCUCGGCAACCAGGAGCGUGGAAUUCCGGAUGGCCAAGAUAUCAUCAAGCUCGUCGAUGCUAUUCAACGUCGUCGCCCAGACGUGGUCGGCAUCAGCGGUUGGUCUGUCGAGACGCGGAGGCUGUACAAAGACGUGCAAGACAUCGUCGCUCAACACAACCUCACAGGGCCAAGCUACGAAGACGAGAGCACCGGUCAAGACAGGAGCGAUCCUCUGGAAGUAGUACUAGUCAACGACGAGGUCGCUCGACUUUACUACAGCAGCGCUCGUGCUAACGCCGAGUUCCCCAAGCUUCCCGAGCUUGCCAGAUACUGCGUCGCUCUUGGAAGAUAUCUGCAGAACCCGCUCGCUGAAUACGCCUCGCUUGGCAAAGACAUUGUGUCAAUCCCAUUCGUCAAAGACCAAACACUCGUCCCUCAGGACAAGCUCAUGGAUCGUCUCGAGACCGCUAUGGUCGACAUGGUGAACCUUGUUGGCAUUGAUCUGCCGGAGACAUGGGACGACAAAUAUAUGUCGAAGCUUCUUCCGUACGUCUGCGGUCUUGGCCCUCGCAAAGCGGACAGGAUGAUCAAAGCCAUCAAAGCAAAUGGAGACGAGAUUCUUUCUCGAUUCGAUCUACUUGGUGUUUCAGAAAACGCCUCUCGAGAUCUCAAGGCGGCUAUGGGCCCCAAGGUCUUCCAGAACUGUGCCAGUUUCCUGUACAUACCGUACGACUCCACAGAAGAGGCUUCUGACUACCUCGAUUACACUCGCGUGCAUCCCGAGGACUACGACCUCGCCCGCAAGAUGGUCGCCGACGCUCUUAACAUGGAUGAGGAGGAUGUCAAAGCUGAGGUCGAUGACGGCGGUCCAAGUGCAGUCAUCCGGAAGAUGGUUAGGGAAGAUACCACAGAUUUGGUUAAUGACCUUGCGCUUGAGGACUAUGCGGCUGAGAUCGAGAAGAACUUCGGCCAGAGGAAGCGCGCCACGCUCGAAACUAUCCGCGCCGAGUUGGAGAACCCCUACGAGGAGAUCAGGCAAAUAUUUGCACUGAUGACCGGAGAGGAAGUAUUCACAAUGCUCACCGGCGAGACCAAGGAGAGUCUGUACGAAGGCAUGGUUGUCCCGGUACAAAUCAAGCGUACCUUCCCCGAUCACAUUGAGGUCAGGCUCGAGAACGGAAUUGAAGGUGGCGUUUCUGAGUCCGAGUUCCCGGAGGGCGUUGGGAGUGGCGGACAAGAGCCUCGCCAUGUCUAUCAAACACAUCAGACUGUUCGAGCCAGAAUUGUCUAUCUCAACCGCAAGGCGCUUACUGCGCAACUUUCGUUACGAGAUGAUCUCAUCCGGCAACCGGUCCCGAAAGCCUUCGACCGCAUCGCUGGUGAAUGGGAUGAUGCACAAGAGCGUGCCGACAAGCAAGCCGCCGAGAAGGAGAAGGAAGUCGCUUCUGGUCGGCCCAACCGUGUCAUCAACCAUCCUUUGUUCUUCAGCAUGAACUCCGCCCAAGCGGAAGAAUACCUUGGUAGUAAAGAGCCUGGUGAACUUGUCAUUCGUCCUUCAUCGAAGGGUUUCGAUCACUUGGUUGUCACAUGGAAAGUGUCCAACAGCGCAUACCAACAUCUCGACGUGCUGGAGCUGGGCAAAGAAAGCGAAUACUCGCUUGGCAAACAGCUUAGGGUCGGUAAAGCGACAUACACUGAUCUUGACGAGUUGAUCGUCAACCAUGUCGAGGCGAUGGCACGUAAGGUCGCUGAACUCACACGAGAUGAGCGUUUCCAGCCAGGCACAAAGUCAGAUACUGAACUCUGGCUCGAGAACUACUGCAAGGCCAACCCCACCCGCUCCAUGUACGCCUUCUGCAGCAUGCCUAAGCACCCCGGCUACUUCUGGAUCUGUUUCCAGAUGGGAGAGCACAAGCCGAGGGGUGCCUGGGGUAUCAAGGUUGUACCGAACGCAUUUGAGCUACACAAGAACGCGUACCCAGACAUGGUCGCGCUUAAAAACGGAUUCAAGCUGCUGAUCCAGAGUGGUGCUGGCGCGAGGCCUGGAGGUGUUGUGCCCAGGCGGUAAAUCGGCACGCAAAGUUGACAUGAAGUUGCAUUUGUAAUCAUAUUCCCAUCAUAGUUUGUUUGCAGUGGACACCGCAAGCGAUGUUCGCGAGCGGUAGAGAGAUACUCACAUCAUUGGGAACUGGCGCAGUUUGAAUGUUCUCUGCUCAGCACCUUGGAGCAGCAAAAUUAGCACAGCAGUCUGGAUACCUCAAUACAAGAAAAUUCAAUUGACG